AUGCAGGGCCAUGAGGCAGUUUCGUGUGGCUCCGAGGAGGGCUUCUUGGCUGGGAUAGACAUCGAUGACUUCCUCUUUGUGCUGCUGGACUCCCUGCAGCCGUCCUUGCCGGACGCUGCAGCAGCAGCAGCAGCAGCAGCAGCAGCGCCCGCAGCAGCUGCGGGGCCGGGGAGCGAUGCAAGUGCAGCAGCAGCCCGACGCCCCCACGCGGGCAUAACCGCCGUAGAGGGCUCUUCUUUGCUGCCGCUGCUGCGCGAGACCUGGAGGCCAGAAAAGCUGCUGCACGAGCUGCUGGAGGGGCCCCCGGCGGCAGCAGCAGCAGCAGCAGCAGCAGCGGGGGCCCCCGCAGCAGCAGCAGAGCGGGACUUGGCGCUGCGGGCAGCAGAGGCGCAGCUAAGUGCCCCCAUCUCGAGGCCCUCGGGGCCCCUCUACUCCGCAUGUCUUGCUGCAGGGGCUUCUUUGCUUUCUUUUGCUGCAGCAGACACAGGCCGCGUGGCUCUUGCAAUAAGGGCUUUUCUUGAGGUCCGGCCCGCCACACAGGACCACCAGGUUGCGCUGCUGCUGCUGCUGCGGCUGCUGCUGUUCCGCUGGGCCCUCCACAGCCACCUGGGCCUCCCCCAGCUUCUUGCAAAGAGCCGGGGGGCCCCCUUUGUGGACUUCGGGGGCCCCCAAGGCUUGGCGGCCCUGCAGCCAGCAGAGGCCGCAGCAGCGGGGGCGCCCCUCGCAGCAGCAGCAGCAGCAGCAGCAGCAGCAGGCAGCCGCCCGCAGGCUGCUGCAGCAACGUGGCUCGGGAGAGUUGCUGCACUUGCCAUUCAAGAAGCUGCUGCACUUGGAGACGGCGACGAACGCCGCGAGUUGCUGCUGGAAGUGCUGCAGAUCAUUGCGCGCUGCGCCCCCCACAUCGUCAUAUCUAAGUUAGUGAAGGCCACAAAGAAAGCAGCUUUAGUGUCUCCCGGGGCUCCGGAGGAAACAGCCACAGAGGGCGCAGCUUGCUGCUCGUUGCUGCUGCUGCUGGAGAAGAUCUUUUCAUCUUCGGGAUGGCCAGCGAUCUCUGUGUCUCUGACGAAGCAGGUGCUUGUGGUGCUGCUGCAGCUGCUGCUGCUGCCGCUGCAGCCGCAGGAUGCUGCAGGCUCGCAGCGCCGCCUGUCGCUCCCCAUCCGCUGGAGCAUCUCGCUGCGUGCUGCAGAGGCUCUGAGUGCCUUUGCUGCAGCAGCAGCAACGGGAAACUGCCGUUCGCUGCUGCUGGCUCUGCAGAAGCAGCAGCAGAAGCAGCAGCAGGAAGAGCAGCAGCAGCAGCGGCAGCAGCCCCUCGCCCGCGAAAACGACGCCGGCCGCGACGCCGUGGGGCUGCAGCGCGCGCUGGAAGAGGGCCUGGCAGCAGCAGCAGCAGCAGCAGCAGCAGCAGCACGAGGAGAGGGCGAACUGCCGCCAGGAGGCGAAGGCGGCUGCGGAAUUGAAUACCUUCCUUUGAUGGCAGCAACAGCAGAAAGAGUUGUGUACAUUUUGCUGCCUCGCAUGCUGCUAGCUAGUGCUCCCCCAGGGGUCAUUUCCGCGCUGCUGCGAGCUGCUGCUAUGCUGCUGCUGCUGCCUGUACACCUCAGCAGCCCCCUGAUGCUCAGACACUGGGACGACGAGCAGUCGGGGAUGGUGCGGCACGACCCCGUGCUGCUGCUGCUGCAGCUGCUGCUGCUGCACAUUUGCAGCGAAGUCUCUGGCGUCCCCGCAGCAGAGCUGCUGCAGGACGACCAGCAGCACGCGAGCAACCGCGCCGCAGCAGCAGCAGCAGCAGCAGCAGCAGCCAACACUCAGGACCAGCGCAAGGCUCUGCAGAAGCAGCGACAGCGGCUGCUGGAGCAAGGCGGACUCGAGACAGCAGCAGCUGCUGCAGCUGCUGCAGCAGCAGAUGAUGCUGAAGGUCAAGGGGGGGAAGCAGCGUACAAGCAGCGUCUGCUGCAGCACACGGAUAUGACCCUCUCUGAGCAGCAGGAGGAAGCAGCUCUCAACAGCAGCAGCAGCAGCAGCAGCAGCAGCAGCGGCAACGACAAUGACUUGGGCGACGGCGUCAGACUUGAGGGCCCAAGAGCUGCUGCCUUCUUCAUGCAAGCUGCUGCCUCUUUGUCCCACCUCACGGAAGUUCUUGCUGCAGGGCAGCAGCACUGGCGCACGGAGCAGCACGCAGCCGAGCUGCAGCAGCUGCUGCUGCUGCUGCUGCUGCAUGCCAGCAGGCGUUCUCUCGCUCCCAGGGAUCCCUUUGGAGAUCUGCUAGCGGACGAGACCCUCAAACGAAUGGUGGAGCCCAUCGUCUUUGCUGCAGUGUCUUCUCUUAGCGCUGUGCAGCUGCAGCACGAGGCGAAGACCGCGGGGCUGUCCUCCGCAUCAGCAGCAGCAGCAGCAGCAGCAGCGACGGCAGCAGCAGCAGACUGCAUCACAGCGCCUCCCUGCGAGGGGUCACUUGCAGGGCUUUCUCUGAUUUCGCCCAUAGCUGCUCCUAGUCCCGCUGCUGCUGCUGUUGCUGCUGCUUCCUGCAGCGACGCUGCUGCUCCUCCGUAUCUGCAGCAGGUGGACUGGGUGCUGCAGGCUCUUGACCAGGCAGCAGCAGCAGAAGCAGCAGCAGCAACACAAGAGAGACAAGAAAGAGCUUUAAAUGAACUCAGGUGGUGCUCCCCAGCAUCUUUGUCCCUUGAGGGAUCCCCGGAGGGUUUGCUGCUGUCGGUUGCGGGGGGCGCUGCAGCACGGCAGCUGUCCCGUGCUGCUGCUGCUGCUGCAGCGCAGCAGCAGCAGCUGCUGCGGGACGGCGGCGCCGCGCGGCUCUUCACAGAGGGCCUUGCCCGGUUUCUGAGCCUUCCUUUGUGCUGCGGAGGAGGCCUUGCUGCUGCUGCUUUGAACACAGCAGCAGACGUGUUUGCUGCUGCAGCAGCAGCAACCAAGCGCUCCGGUGGGCUACGAGGGGACCCACAGCAGCAGCAGCGGCUGAGGGCCAUACAGUGUGCUGCACUUGUCUUCAUGGGCAGAGUAGCUGAAGCACAGAGGUGCGGCUGCCCCUCCCCCCGGCUGGCCCUCACGCCGUGGCAGCAGCCCAGCAGCAUUUGCUGCUGCGCGGCGAGGUGGGCGAGGCCCAGAGAGCAGCAGCUGCUGCAGCCGCCGCUGCAGCAGCAGCAGCAGCAGCAGCAGGUCUACCUGAACCAGCAGGCGGAGGACACGCAGCAGCAGGAAACGGAGAGGAUGCGGCUGCUGUGGGAUAGAGCAGAGACAGCAGCAAAGUUUGUCUCUUGUCUCUUUACUUUGGCAGCAAAAAGAAGACUUUCGCCAUCUCAAGCUGCUGCUGUGCUGGCAGCAUGUCGAUCCCUCGCGCUGUCGCGUCUGCUGCCUGUUGCUGCUGCCCACUUAUCGGGGGAGGACGAGCAGCAGCAGCUGCUGCAGCUGCAGCAGUACCAGCUGCAGCAGCAGCAGCAGCAGCACUUUGCGAGGGGCGCUGACGGGGCCUCCGCCGGCUUCGAGCAGCAGCGACAGCGGCAGCUCCUCACCAGCAGCAGCAGCAGCAGCAGCAGCAGCAGCAGCAGCAGCAGCAGCGACAGCUGCUGCAGCGAGCUGCAGCUAAGCAUAGACUUCAAGCUCCCGCUGCUCUGGCCCCAAGAAAGAUCCUUCAGGUGGGACACAAUGGCUUUAGUGGAUCCUGAAGGCAGCAGCAGCAGCUCUGAAGAGGAGCUGUACAUACACCGCAGGCCUUCUCUUGGCCGCAGACGCAAACAGCCCUUUAGAAGAGAAGGGCUGCAUGCAGCAGCAGCAGCAGCAGCAGCUGGGGGCCCGUGGGGCCGCGCGGCGCAGCAGCGCCUGCUGGCUGCAGCGGGAGAGGCGUCAGCAGCAGAAAUGGCGGCUGCAGCAGGGCCCAGCGCAGCAGCAGCAGCUGCUGCUGCUGCUGCAGCCUGGACUCACCCGCCCCCUGCAGCAAUCUGUGGGAUAUUUGUCUUCGUGCUGCGGCUGCUUUGUCUCUCCCCAUCCGACAGCAGCGACGAGGCAGCAGCAGCUGCGGCAGCAGCAGCAGCAGCGAGAUGGCCAGCGUCUUCGCCGCUGCAGCAGCAGCAGCAGCAGCAGCAGCAGCUCGGGACCUCCCCAGCAGCUAUUCUCAGGGAAGCUGCAGCUCACGUGCUCUUCAAAGUCCUCGCCCAAGACGCGCCGGUGCCGCAGUCCCAAGUUGCUGCACUCUGCGAGCUGCUGCUGCAUGCCUCCAGCAUCCAUUGGGACAGGGGCGGUCUUGCUGCUGCUGCUCUUCGCGCGGUGGCGAAGCUGAUACCCAGCCUGCUGCCCACGCCUCAGCAGCAGCAGCAGCAGCAGCUGCUGCUGCUGCGCUCCCAAGCCCUCCCCUCCCGAACCCAGAUGCUGCACUGGGACGUCCACAGGCCUCACCACCCGCAGCACCCGCACCCGCAGCGCCAGCACCAGCACCAGCAGCAGCAGCAGCAGCAGCAGCAGCAGCAGCAGCAGCAGGGGGCCUCCUUCGCAGCAAGAGCUGCUGUCUUCGUAGAACGCCUUACUGACGCCCUCGAGGAACAUGCGGGCGGGGCCAUUCCGCUGUCGAGUGAGGGUUGGGUGUCGGCGCUGUGCGAGUUGCUGCUGCUGCUGCACUUGGGUUUGCUGUCGCACUACGGCAGCAGCGAGACGCAGCAGCUCUUCGUUUCCUGCUGCCUCCUGCGGGGCUUUGCUGCUGCAGCAGCAGCAGCGCGCAAGGAAGCUGAGAGGCCCCCCAGCAGCGAAGAGCUGAAGCGGCAGGGCAGCGCCUCUGCAGCGCUGAGUCUGCGCCGCGGCGCGUCUUUGGGCGAAGCAGCAGCAGCAGCAGCAGAGGAAGCAGCGCUGGAGGACCUGCAGCAGCAGCAGCAACGCCGCGCUCUUGCUGCGCUGCAGUUCCUGGGAGUUGUGGGGCGCUCGCUUUCGCUGUCUGUACAGCAGAGCCUCACGCGGGUCUUCUUGGGCUGCGGGCAGUGCGCAGCAGCAGAAGACAAGUCGGGGGCCCCCGCGGAAGCAGCAGCAGCAGCAGCAGCAGGUGCUGCUGCAGCAGCAGAGGGGCCCCCCGCCCUCUGGCUCUCCCUCGCAAGGCCUGUGGAGGCCCCCCGAGCAGGCAGGGCAGAGGGGGGCCUCCUUGAGAGUUUGCUGCUGCUCUCGAGGGCCCCCGAGGCCCCUGAGGGGCCCCCCAGGGAUGAUGGGGAGAGUUCUUUGGGCGGGGAGUGGUCUGAUGAGAACGAGGCUUUUGCUGGCAGCAGCAGGCAGCCAGCAGCAGCAGCAGCAGCAGCAGCAGCAGCAGCGGGCAGCUCGUGGGGCGGGUUCGGGUCCGGGGAGGCGAGCCGGCGAAGGAGCCUCGCGAGCGCCGAAGAAGAAGCAGCAGCGCCUGCAGCAGCAGCAGCAGGUGCUGCUGCUGCUGCUGCAGUCAGGUACUGCCACCCCGAGCGGCUGCGGAGGGUUGUGGGCUGGCUGGGCAGCAGCGGGGGCACUCUGUGGCUGCAGCAAGAGCUGCAGCCGCUUGUGUUCUUUGCUGCUGAUGCUGCUGCAGCAACUCGGCCUCUUGCUGCUCAGACAGACACAGCUGUGCUGCAGGAGCAGAGGGCCACAGCGCGUGCUGUUGCACUUGCUGCCAGCAGCAGCAGCAGCAGCUUCGCCUCUUUGCUGCGGCUGCUGCAGGCCGUGGGGGCCCCGCCCGCCCAAAGAAGGUCCUUCGGGGUCUUUCCUUUCUUCAGCAGCAGCAGCAGCAGCAAGAAGCAGCUAGAAGCAGGCAGAGUGCAGCUGCUGCUGUGUCGCGCGGCCUUGGCCAUGUCUCCUCCUUGGGAGUUGUUUGACUUUUCUGGGCCGCGUCUGCUGUCUGCUGCUGCUGCUGCUGCUGCUGCUGCAGCAGCUACGGCCGCGAACGGCGAGGCCGCGGCGCUGGUUGCUGCUGCUGCUGCUGCAGCACCCGCCACCGGCAGCGAACGCCCCCUGGGCACCUGGCUCUUCGGCAGCAGCAGCAGCACAGCUGCAGCAGCAAGUUAUAGAGGACUAGUGCAGCAAGCGAAGCAAUCAAUGUUGGGGGUUUUUCACCGAGAGGGAGAUGACGCGCUGCAGCUGGUGGAGAAGGCUGAGGCUUUCCUGGCCGCAGCAGAAGCUGCUGCUGCUGCUGCGGACCGCCAGCAGCAGCAGCAGCAGCAGCAGCCGUGCUGCUUCUUCCUCUUUGUUGCGCUGCUGCUGUCGCUGCUUCUGGCCUUCCAAAAGGAGACAGACCACGCCCUUGCUGUCACAGUGGCGGAGACUCUUCAGGCCAUGGGCCGGCGCUGGAGGCUGGCGGCGCAGGAGCUGCUGCAGCAGCAGCAGCGGCAGCAGCGGCAGCAGCAGCAGCAGCAGCAUCACCGCCACCACCCCCACCGCCGGAAGGCCGGCCACCGCGGCGAAGACGACGAAGGCAGCGACGCCUCCCUCCAGGCGUCGGCGAGCCGCAGCAGCGGCAGCUUUGCUGCUGCUGCUGCUGCUGCUGCUGCUGCUGCUGCUGGAGCGGCUCCCUGGGGCCCCCCAGCGACGCAGGAGGGGGCCCCCAGGAGAAGCAGCAGCAGCAUUCUCUCGGCCUUUGAAACUCCUUCUGCUGCUACAGUUAUGCCUCGGACUCAGUGGGUGGAGAGGCACUGCGGCGUGUCUCUGCGCUGCAGCACUGCUGUGGAGGCCGAGGAGGCUGCUGCUGCUGCUGCCAUCUACACCAGCAGCAGCAGCAGCAGCAUGGAGUACCUCACCACUGGAGCGCUGCAAGACAAGCACCCAGGCCUGCAGCAGCCGCUGGAGGGCCCGCUAGCCGUUCCCAGGAUUUUCCAGGAAAGAAUCAGCAGCAGCAGCAGCAGCAGCAGCAGCAGCAGCAGCAGCAGCAGCCACGCAGCGCCAGCCCCCGAAGACCUCGCGAACCGGGGGGAAGAGCUGCUGCAGGCUGCUGCUGCUUUGGGGGGGGCCCUCGGGAGGGGCUCAGAAUUAAUUAUUUCUUUUUUGCUGCCUUUUUGUCUUUCUUGGAGGCCCCACAAAAAGCUGCCUCUCCCGCGGCUGCAGGCUUCUGCGCAGCAGCUAAGGGAAGCAGCAAACACCUGGGACUCUGGCCGCGAGCUGCUGGCCAGAGACCCUCUGGCUGCUGUUGAGGCCCUCUUAGGCAUUACAAAGAGCGGGCGAGCUGCAGCAGCAACAGCAGCAGCAGCAGCUGCUGCUGCUGCCAACGACGAUCAGGUGUCUCCUCUUUCAAUUGCUGCCUUCAGCUGCGCUGCAGCUGUCCUGCCCCCGCGGCUGCAAAGUCACCAUCAGCAGCAGCAGCAGCAGCAGCAGCAGCAGCAGCAGCAGCAGCAGGGCUUGCUGCUGCAACUCGAGAAGUCUGUCAGCGAAGAGCUGCAGCUCCAUAAAGGCCUCUGCUGCAUGUUGCUUGUUGCUGCUCUUCACGUGCUUCGCGCGCAGGUCCCUGCUGCAGCAGCAGCAUAUAUACGCACACUUUAUAUAAGGGCAGUUUCUGCCCCCCUCAGCAGCACAAACUGGAGAGGGAAAAGGGGGCCCCUCGCGCUGCUGCUGGGGGCCCCCCGGGCCCCAGAGGAGCAGCAGGGGGCCCCCCGGGGUCCGGGGGCCCCCAUUUCGGGUCCUCCUAGUCUAGAGGCCCCAUACGUGGACAGCCCUCGACAGCAGCAGCAGCAGCAGCUGCUGCAGCAGCAGCAGCAGCAGGGAAGGGCGUUCCUGCAGCCGCAGUACCAGCUGGAGCCGCGCGGGGGACGGGGCGCAGCAGCAGCAGCAGCAGCAGCAGAUGAGGAUCAGAUGCAGCAGCAGCUGCUGCUGCAGAGCCAAGAUGUUGCUGACAGCAUGGCGCAGGUUUUGGGGGACAGCUGCAGGCCCUCAGAGUCUUACCGCAGCAUGCGGGUGCAGGCUGCAGCAGCUGGUGGCCCCGCAGCAGCAGCAGCAGCAGCAGCAGCAGCGGGAGACAUUCAGCAGCUAGCAGCGGACACAAGGGCUGCAGCAGAAGACGGACUCAUCCCUGAAGUCUGCUUCGAUGCUCUUGCUGCUGCAGAAAAAGCUGCUGCUGAUCUUGCUGCAGCAGCAACUGACUGCCUCCUUGGGCUGUCUGUACACCACAACACUUGGCAGGUCACCGCCCUUCUACUGAGAGCAGUACACAUGAGGCUCUGCAGCAGCAGCAGCCCUUUCGUUCGAUGGCGAGGCCUCUGCGCAGCAGCACGCAUUGUUGCUGCUGCUCCCGCCAUUCGUGGGCAGAAAGUUCACGGGGAGGAGGAUGAGGACAGCAGCAGCGGCAGCAGCAGCAGCAGCAGCAGCAGCAGCAGCGACGCUGAUGCAAGGGUGUGGCUGCAGCUGCUGCUGCUGCUGUUCCCCAGAGGAGGAGACAGCUGCCUCCAGCUGGCAGCCCUCGCGCUGCAGGCAUUUGACGUUCUUGCUGCGAAGGCCCCAGAAGGCCGUGCUGCAGCGCGUGCUGCAGCAGAAGCAGCAGCUGCAGCAGAGAAGGAGCAGCAGCAGCAGCAGCAGCAGCGGAUGCUGCUGCAGGACCCCAGCCAGAAUGGCGGUGCGCGGAAGCACGACAGUUUCGGAAGGCUGCAGUUGCAGCUAGAGAGCAGGCACCAGCUGCUGCUGCAACGGCAGCAGCAGCAGCUGCUGCUGCUGCUGCGCCCCCAAGUAGCAGCAAGCCCUUCAGCAGCUCACGAGGCCAUCUCCCUGCUGCUGCUGCCGCUGGCCGAGACAGAAGUCUCCCCCGCUCUUGUGUCUCUACAGUGCCUCACUGAGCUGCUGUGUCCGCAGACUGCUGCUGCUGCUGCUGCUGCUGCUACUGCUGCGCAGCAGCAGCAGCAGCUGCAAGCGUGUGAGGGGGAAGAGCCUUCUUUCUCCCGCGGUCCCUCGCACCAGUCCCCCGAGAACCCCAGCAGCAGCAGCAGCAGCAGCAGCAGCAGCAGCAGCAGCAGCAGCAGCAGCGUGCUGCUGUCUGCUGCAGUUGUUUGGGGAGUUUCUCGAGCCCUUUUUGCCACAAUGGACUUACGCAGGGAGCGGCUGCUGGCCCGGCGAGCGACGCUGCAGCGGCUGCGGCAGCGGCUGGAAGCAGUUGCUGCUGCUGAGGGCAGGGGCGAGGCAGCAGAGGCAAUAGCAGCAGCAGCAGCAGCAGCUGCUGCUGCUGCUGCUGCGCCGGUCGCCGGCAUGCCCUGCGCCAACAGGGGGCCCCAGCAGAAGGGGGAUGCUUCGAAGCAAGAAGACACAGAGGCAGACAGCAGCAGCAGCAACUUUGCUGCUGCUGCACUGGAGCACGAGGCCCAGGCCUUGUGGCUGCAGCGGCUGCAGCAGCAGGAGUCGCAGCUAAAAGCAGCAGCUGUUGAGUGCCAGGGAACGUCCCCCAAAGAGCAGGGGAAGCAGCAGCAGCAGCAGCAGCAGCAGCAGCAGCAGCAGCAGCAGCCGGCGCACCGCAUGCAGGUGCUGCUUGCUGCUGCAACUGACGCAGCAAUCGACGCAGCAGCAAUGACACUAGACGACCUGCAUCCCCAAGUGCUGCGCCUUGAGACUCUUUUCUCUGGCAAAUCAUCAGCAGCAGCAGCAUCUGCUGCUGCUGCUGCACCUGCAGCAGCAGAAGCAGCAGCAGAAAACUGGCUUGCUGCUGACUCGCUGCACUGCCUCCGCGCAGCACUUGGCUGUCUCCAGACUCUGACGCACUUGUGGGUGGGUCUCCACAGGGCAGCAGCAGAAGCAGAAGAGGGGCAAGGGCCUGCUGCUGCUGCUGCUGCUGCUGCUGCUGCUGCUGCUGCUGAGUCACGGACAGUAGACAAGGCAGCAGCAACAGCAGCAGCAAGUCACCUUGACGUCUCCGCCUUUGGGACUGAAAGCAGAGCGAUGAGGGUCUUGGAUGUUCUUGAAGUAGGCUUCGCAGUUUAUCCAGCCAUGAGGUGCGUGUUGGCCAUGGGGCAGCAGCAGCGCGAGCAGGAAGACUCUUCGGACCCGGCAGCAGAAGCAGCAGCAGCAGCAGCCGCAGCAGCAGCAGCAGGAGCAUUUGCUGCCACGCUGCAGUGCGUGGAGACCGAGCUGCUGCCGCUGCUGUUCCGCGCUCUGCGGCGAAGUGUGCAGCUGCUGCUGGAGGUGCAUGUGCAGCAGCAGCCAGCAGAAGGAGCAGCAGCAGCAGGAGCAGCAACGGCAGCAGCAGCAGCAGCAGUGGCCCUCAACACCCACUUCCUGGGGCCGCGAGAAGGAGACGAACUGGUUCUUGCUGCUCUUUUUUAUUGCGCUGCCACAACUGCAGCAGCAGCAGAAGCAGCAGCGGAGUGCCUCCUCACGCUGCUGCCGCUGCUGGGGUUUCCAGACAUGCAGCAGCAGCAGCAGCAGCAGCAGCAGCAGCAGCAGCUUCUGCAGCGACUAAGAGGCGAACUUCAGAAGGAGCUCGAAGCACAAGGCCUUCUUCGUCCCGUGCGUCUCUUGCACGGAAAAGAGCAGCAGAAGCUGCCGUGCGCUUGCUGCUGUGUGCAGCAGCAGCAGCAGCAGCAACAGCAACAACAGGAGCAGCAGGAGCAGCAGCAGCAAUCGCUAAAUAGGAUGCCGCAAGAGGCUGCAGCCCUCAUUGAUGCUGCUGAGCCUUUCUUGUACAUCCCCUGGGGCCCUUGGUGUUCUCAAGACCCCAAAGCAGCAGCAGCAGCAGCAGCAGCAGCAGCAGCAAGGGGGCGCCGCAGCUACUGCUCGCUGGUCGACCGCAGCGAACUGCUGCAGCGGCUGCUGCGGCCCGUGCUGCAGUGCCUGCUGGCAGCAGAAUCUCAAGGGGACAUUGAGAGACUUUGCUGCCUCUGUGAUUUGGACAAGCCAGACCCUUUUGCUUCCCAGCUGGAGGCAGUGGCUGCGCCUGCAGCAGCAGCAGCAGCAGCAGCAGCAGCAGCAGCAGCUGGCAGCAGCAGCAAGGAGGACAGCGUCCCGGAGAGCAAGAAGACGGAGCGGGGCGAGACGAGCGGCUCCUUAGGCCCCAAGAAAAGCACUGGCAGCAGCAGCAGCAGCAGCAGCAGCGGGAGCAGCAGCAGCAGCAGCAGCAGCAGCAGCAGCAGGAGCAGCAGCAUUUUGGACCCGCACAGCCUGAUGAUGCGGGACCGGGGCUACCGGGCCUCGCGGCGUUUGUGUCUGCGGGUGUGCCAUUUGCUGCAGUGCUGCAGACUUUACUUCCCAGAGAGCAGCAGCAGCAGCAGCAGCAGCACUCCGGGGCCCCACCCCGCUGUGCUGCAGCACAAGCAGCAAGCAGCAGCACGUCGGCGGCAGCGCCGUGUGGACUGGCUCUUCUUCGGGCGUUUGGGAGAAGAAGACACAGAAGCAGCAGCAGAGGAGCAGCAGCAGCAGUCGUUGGAGGAGACGGAGCAGAGCGAGGCGGAGUCGGAGUUGCGUGAGACAGCAGCAGUGCAGCGUUGGCAGCAAAUGCUGUUUUUCAUUUCGAGGCCCCCGGGGCCCCACUUGCCCCCCGAGGGGGGCCCCAUAAACCCGCAGCAGCAGCAGCAGCAGCAGCAGCAGCAGCAGCAGCAGCAGCAGCGGCUGUUCUCGGCGUUUGCGCCCAGCAGGCAGCAAAGCCAAGCAGCAGCAAAUCAGCAAAGUGGUCCUAUUCUUUGUGUCUCUUCUGCUGCUGUUGAUGCUGACGACGAGGUGCUGCUGCAGCUGCAGCAGGCGCUGCAGUGCUUCGCCCUCACCCCCAGCAGCAGCAGCAGCAGCAGCAGCAGCAGCAGGAAGCUGCAGCUGCAGCUGUGCAGCUUGCUGAAGCUGCGGUCUCCCAUCCCAGCAGGGGGUCCAGCAGCAGCAGCAGCAGCAGCAAAAGCCGCAGGCGGCAGCGCGCGUGCUGCUGCUGCAGAUGCAGCAGAAGCUGCUGCAGGGAAGAAGCUGCCACACAGCGCAGCAGCAGCAGCAGCAGCAGCAGCAGCACAGCAGCUGGAGGAAGAGCGCGCUGCUGCUGCUGUAGCCCUCAUGUGUCUCCGCCGCCUCCACGAGCCUCCCUCACGCGCUGCGCAGCAGCAGCAGCAACAGCAGCAGCGGCAGCAGCAACAGCAGCAGCAGCAGCAGAAGCAAGAGCAAGGCGCUGAAGCAGCAGCAGCAGAACAAGGGAUAACUGCAGCGCCAACAGCAACGCCUUCGCCAGCCAGCGAUGCCCACAAAAAGAAGCAGCAAGCAGCAGCAGCAGCAGCAGCAGCAGCAGCAGCAGCGCCCCUGUGA